AUGAUGGUGGCAGCUGAUGGAUUGGGAAUAUAUGUUGUGGAGAGCAAAGGAGGAGCAAUAGCAUGUAUGAUGCUCUCUCUGCUCUGCUUGGGCACUUGGCCUGCUCUCAUGGCUCUUCUUGAACGGCGUGGCCGUCUACCACAACAUACUUAUCUUGAUUAUUCCAUCACAAACUUCUUGGCUGCAAUCUUCUUUGCAUUUGUGUUUGGUGAGAUAGGUGGAAGUACACCAGAGGCACCAACUUUCAUAACCCAACUCACUCAGAUUCAAGAUAAUUGGCCUUCAGUGUUGUUUGCAAUGGCGGGUGGGGUUGGUUUAAGUAUUGGGAACCUUGCUACUCAGUAUGCUUUAGCUUUUGUUGGUCUGUCUGUUACGGAAGUGACAGCCGCGAGCAUAACCGUUGUUAUAGGCACCACUGUCAAUUACUUUCUGGACAACAGAUUGAACAGAGCAGAGCUUCUUUUCUCUGGUGUCGGCUGCUUCUUGGUAGCUGUUUGUCUUGGCUCUGCUGUUCACUCUUCCAACUCUGCUGAUAUCGAAGCCAAACUCGGAAAGGUCUCAGGAGAUUGUAAAACUGUAAACCAAGAAGUGCACCAGAGACUAUUUGCAGCUGAAGAAGAAGUAGUGAUGGAGAAUGCAAAGGAAGGGACUGCGGCUUUUCUUAUAGCGCUUGAGGGCACAAGAUCAAUCAAAGUGUUUGGAAAGAGUAUGGUUGUUGGUCUGGGAAUAACCUUCUUUUCAGGCCUUAGUUUCUCAUUGUUCUCACCACUAUUCAACCUUGCAACGAACGAUCAGUGGCACACACUGAAACAAGGCGUUCCCAAGCUGAUUGUCUACACCGCAUUCUUCUACUUCUCACUAUCUUGCUUCGUGAUCGCCGUUGCUCUUAACGUUAGGUUUCUAUACAAACCUUUGCUCGGCUCACCAAGAUCUUCAUUUGGAGGUUACCUAAAUGACUGGAACGGAAGAGGCUGGGCUCUUCUUGCAGGAUUGGUUUGUGGGUUUGGUAACGGUCUUCAGUUCAUGGGUGGACAAGCCGCAGGAUAUGCAGCCUCAGAUGCUGUUCAGGCACUUCCUUUGGUGUCGACAUUUUGGGGGAUAUAUCUGUUUGGGGAGUAUAAGAGAUCAUCUCCGAGAACAUAUGCGUUGCUUGUUGGAAUGCUGGCCAUGUUCGCUGUGGCUGUGGGGCUUCUCAUGGCCUCGGCUAGGGAAAGAGAGACUCAGUUUACCUAA